GCGGGGAGAGCGGCGCGUAACCAGAGGGACACCAAGGACACACUGAGCUGAGGACGCGGCGGCCCUCCUGGGGGCUCUACCAGCAGCGGCUGAGGGUCGGGGCAGAAGUGAAUGGCAGGUGGGGCAUGGCGGCUCUGGCCAGCUCUCUGAUUCGGCAGAAGCGUGAGGUGCGGGAUACCGUGGGACCUCGCCCCGCGCCCCCCCAGAGGAAGGUCUGCCCUCGAGGAACCAAAUCCCUCUGCCAAAAACAGCUCCUCAUCCUUGUGUCCAAAGUCCGGCUCUGCAGGAGCCCGCAGGGAACGCUCAGCAAGGACCCCGAGCCGCAGCUGAAGGGGAUCGUCACCCGCUUGCUGUGCAGGGUCGGCUUCUACCUCCAGCUGCUUCCAGAUGGGACCAUUCAGGGGACCAACGAGGAGGGCAACCCGCACACUCUGUUCAACGUGAUCCCGGUGGGGCUCCGCGUGGUGGCAAUUCAGAGCUCAGCUUGUGGUCAGUACGUGGCCAUGAACUCAGAGGGCCGGCUCUACCACUCGACUCACUUUACAGCCGAGUGUCGAUUCAAAGAGGGCGUCUUUGAGAAUUACUUUGUCACCUACUCGUCCACCCUGUACCGGCAGCGCAGCUCAGGCCGGAGCUGGUACCUGGGCAUCGCCAAGGAUGGAAGAGCCAUGGAGGGCAACAGGGUCAAAAGGCACCGCCCCGCAGGGCACUUUCUGCCCAAACUCAGUGAAGUUGCUCUCUACAAAGAGCCGUCUCUCCAUGAUGUGGUAAAGUUGUCACCAAAGAGACGUCUGACUGCGAAACCCAGCGCCAGACUCAGGGGGGCUCGGUGA